AUGCUCAUCGCCAUCGUACUGCUCUUCAUCUCCUGUAAUACCUUGGCUUUCGUCUGUAAUAUUAUGGAGAAUUUAGACGAGGUAGGACCGGUAUAUCAAAGCAUGGUGACAUUCAACAAUCUUCUGGUAAUGGUGAACGCCUCGUGUAACAUAUGCGUGUACAUGCUGUUCUCCGAAAAAUACCGUAUGCUGUUGCGUCAUUACGUAUUUUGCGAUUGGUCACGACAAGGCGAAAUGCUUAUCAGUUCGGUGGCCGGAUGA